AUGCUCUUCCGUGUGCUUCUGUCCCUCGCCAUCGUCGCGGCUGGCGUUGCCGCUGACUCCCCCAUGGAGUCGUCUUCCUCGGACCCGCUCCUCGCCUCUGGAACUCAGACCGGACCUCAGAUCGACCCCACCGAGAACCCCGCGUCCGAAUCUGCCAUCGACCCCACCGAGUCUCUCUCCGCCGCCCCUUCGCAAGUCACCGAGGUCGGAGUCGGCAAGAACGGUGAAGGACAGGACGACACCGCUCCCUCCCAGGUCACUGAGGUCGGCGUUGGCAAGAACGGGGCCUCUGAGACAGCUGCUCCCUCUCAAGUUACCGAGGUCGGCGUUGGCAAGAAUGGCGGCUCCGAGUCCGCUGCACCCUCUCAAAACACCGAAGUCGGUGUCGGCAAGAACGCAGGCAGCGCCUCUGCAACCCCCACCAGUGGUGCCAGCAAGGGCGGCGCCUCCGCUGACCCCUCCGGUGGCAACGUCAAGCCCGCCUCCAGCAUCUCCAAGGCCGCCAGCGCGAUCGACUCUGGCACCACUGGUCAGAAGGCCUCAGCCUCCAAGUCUGGCGCCCAUGCCUCUGCUUCGGCCUCUGGCAAGAGCAGCGCCAACACUCUCGAGUACAGCUUCGCUCUCGGCGUCGGUGCCGCCCUCGCCGCCAUUGCUCUCUGA